CAAAGACCAGCAUAAGAUGGUAGCUGGUUUUAGCUGGUUUAAGGUGGCAGUAGCUGGUCAAAGCUGGUCGUUCCAGCCUGGCAAAGCUGGUCAAGCUGGUGGGUCAACUAGACCAGCAUAAAAUGUGACCAAAACACAGCUAGACCAGCUAAAACCAAGUUGGGAGACCAGCUAAAACCAGCUCACCAGCUUAUAUUGGUCUUAGCUGGAUUUUUCAGUAGGGUGGUCAAUCUGAAAUUAUCUCUUCAUCUGGCUGCAAAACAAUACCAUGUCUUGUUAAAAAUAUUUGCGAGACUAUACGGCUGUGUGUCAUAGAUUUGACCACUAAAUGACCACUAAAGAUAGUUUAUACUAAAGAAAGACCUUUGCUGAACUCAAAAGCAUUAUUUAUUUCAUGACCUCUGCUCUGUGAAACGACCCACUUCCCAUAUUUAAGAAAUGUCUCAUGAUAAUUUUGUGUGCUUCAGCAUUUUCAAGACUCGCAGGUUUCGUUUGUGGUUUGACCAGUGAGAUGUUUAAUAGACUAACUCUUUUGUUUUAUCACUUUUCAUGUGUGCUGUCAAGUUUUAAACAUUUUGGUUAUAUUGUUCAUUAUCAAUAUUCAGCUGAAAAUAAUCAUCUACACAACAAUUCUCAAGAAAGGUUUGAGUGUUUUUUGCUGUUAAGUUGCAUGUUUGUGAAGGGGCGUAUAUAAGAUGUGGUUAUGCAGACGCUAAGAUAAGCGACACUAUCAACAGAAAAACAAACCUUAUUGCAUAUGCAUGAGGGGUGGGGCUUAAUAGACAUGAAGGGGCCGGAGGGCUCUAUAAAGCAGAUCUGGUGCUUUAGUUGAUUUCACUUGUUCUCUGUUUUCAUGUUGUAACUCUCUCUACUGGCCAUUAAAAGUUAGAUAUUCAGUGUCUUUCUCUCAGCUCUUUCACAAAAAAAUGGACCCUCAGGUGCCCAAAGACAAUUACAAAGCCGUAUGGUUGAUUUUCUUCAUGUUAGGUUUAGGCACUUUGCUGCCAUGGAAUUUCUUCAUGACUGCCACUAUGUACUUCACUAGUCGUCUAGCAGAUCCACAACCACUGAAUGCAGGAAACUUUUCAGUCAAUCAAACAGGAGGAGAAACACGGAGUGUCUUACAAGCCAAGUUUAAUAAUGUCAUGACUUUAUGUGCUAUGUUGCCCUUGCUGGCGUUCUCCUGCCUUAACUCAGUUCUUCAUCAGAGAAUUCCUCAGAAGUUGAGAAUCGCGGGAAGUUUGACGGCGAUCCUUGUCCUGUUUUUAUUGACUGCAAUUCUGGUGAAAGUGGAAAUUGAACCCUUUUCCUUCUUCAGCAUCACCAUGAUCAAAAUUGUCUGCAUUAACUCGUUUGGAGCCAUCUUACAGGGAAGUCUCUUUGGUAUGGCCGGUCUCUUACCAGCUUCUUACACAACACCCAUCAUGAGCGGUCAAGGGCUCGCAGGAACAUUCGCUGCCUUCGCAAUGAUCUGUGCAAUCGCCAGUGGUUCAGCUCUGAAGGACAGUGCGUUUGGAUAUUUUAUCACAGCAUGUGUUGUAAUAGGCAUUGCAAUCGCAUCCUAUGUGGCCCUUCCUAAAUUGGCUUUCUUUCAAUACUAUCAGAGUAACCAACACAAACCUGCUGGAGAUGAGGAGAAUAAGAUGGGCUUAAUGAAGACAGAUCCAAAUAAACCAGAAGACAAGACUACAGAAGAGACUAAACAAUCUCCUUCAGUCCUGAACAUCUUUAAAAAGAUCUGGGUUAUGGCUCUUUCUGUGUGUUUUGCUUUCACAAUCACUAUUGGCACAUUUCCUGCAGUUACUGUGGACGUUCAAUCUUAUGCUGCUGAUGGUGGAGCUUGGGGAAAGUAUUUUAUUCCUGUGUCCUGUUUUCUCUUCUUCAAUGUGUUUGACUGGGCGGGUCGCAGCCUUACAGCUGUCUGUAUGUGGCCUGGGAAAGACAGUAAAUUACUGCCGGGUCUUUUAUUGGCUCGUGUGAUAUUUGUACCUCUCUUCAUGCUGUGUAAUGUUCAGCCCCGACUUAAUCUACCCGUGUACUUCACACAUGACGGCUGGUAUAUCGCGUUCAUGAUACUCUUCGCUUUUUCCAAUGGAUAUCUGGCCAGUCUCUGCAUGUGCUUCGGACCCAAGAAAGUUGAUCCGAGUGAGGCGGAGACAGCUGGAGCUAUCAUGGCUUUCUUUCUGUCCCUCGGCCUCGCUCUCGGAGCGUGUCUCUCCUUCUUGUUCAGAGGAAUCAUCUAAAGUCACAGUCUGGAGAUCUCUGGAGAUCUUUAGUGAGCAUUUCCACAUGAACAGAGAUUAAAGACAUUGCAGCUGUUUCAUCCAUCUGAAAAUGUGCUGAAGAUCCAGAAGAGCCCUGAAUUAAACAAAGCUACAGAUGGGCUGUUUGAUUUACGCAGAGGAUCUUACAGGACGAGGCCUGACCUGCUGACGCAAGAUAUUUUGAGUCUGCUUUCACCCCAAAAUGAACUCUCAUGUUAAUUUAGACCCGAUGAACUCUUUUCCUGGAUAAGCUCAGGUGAUGGUGACCAUAUCUACACUGAAAAAAUGAUUGAAUUUAAGUUUUCUUAAAAUAUCUUUCUUUCUUUAUUUAUUCUUCACACUAUUCCAGCAUCUUUGGCAGUAACCAGUUAAUCUAUAGACAAGUUGAUCCAUACACAGGCUAGAUUUGGUAUCUCUUAUUCACCGAACUUGCCUGUUUUUGGCCCGUGAGAGGAAACCGGAGUAAACCCACGCUGACACAGGGAAAACAUGCAAACUUCACACAGAAAGGACACCUGACUUAGCCAGGGCUCAACCUGGGGACAAAAUGAAUUUCUAAUCUCUAAUUCAAUUAUGUACACCAGUUCAACAUGAUUAAAUCAAGUUUAUGUUAAUUUCAUUUUAAGAAAACUCAAUUCAAUCAUGUAGAACUGAUGUCCACAAGUUUUUUUUCAGUGUACCAAAGUCCAGAUCACCUGUUGUUGUUGUUCUUUAAAGAGUUUAAUGGACUGUGACGUCUACUGUACUGUAUAGACAACAGCCACGUGAAGAUUAUUUAAAAUAUCAUAACUUUAUGAAUGUAAAAGACAAGUAUAAAUGAUUGAGCAUUUUUGGGUGAAAUAUUCAUUUGAUGUCUUUAUUUUUGUAUUAGUAUAUUAAUAUUAUUUUAAGAUAUUUUAAGCAUUAUUUUACAUUUAUUUUUAUCAACAUAUAUUUAAGAUUCAAGUUGCAGUUGUAUGUUUGUCAAACAAUGUUUUAUUAUAAACUUGCUUGUUUAUUGUAUAUAUAAAGAAAUAGAUUGUACUAGUUGAGUCUUUUAUUAUAAGAUUUAAGACAUUUGUGUAUUUUAAACAGUUUAUAUUACAAGUAAAAUUGCAUUGUAAUGUUAUAAGUUUAGAUAAAUCAAGAGGAAGUUUCGAGGUAUCAUGCUCACAAGUACAAAACUCUACCUCAUUCAGGUCACUUGUGCCGUAUUAAAGCAAUGUUUUACAACACUACACAUCUAUCUGAAGGAACCAAUGAGCCAAAUAUAAUAUCACCUAUAUGAAUAAAAACUGUUUAUUUCUUCAUUGA